GACUGCAGCCCACCAGGUUCCUCUGCCCAUGGGAUUUUCCAGGAAGUUUUGCUGGAGUUGCUGGAACAUUGUGUGGAUGGCUUAUGGAAAGCAGAGCAUUAUGAAGGAAUUUCUGAAAUUUCCAAGUUGAUCAUUCCAAUUAAUGAGAAUCAUCGAGAGUUUGAGAAACUUAAGUUUAUAGAACUCUUCAUGGAGCUUACACAAAAAUUUUGGAGGUUAUGCACGCAAAGAAAAGACUUUUCGGCACCUUCUUCAGAGUUGCCUUUUAUGGCCCAGAAGUUCAUCCAAGCAUGCAGCAUUGCACUGGAACUAAAUGAGUGGUUAAUGAAAGAGGAUCAGAUUGAAUACCAUGAAGAGCUCACGUCAAAUUUCGAAGACAUGGUGAAAGAAUUGUCUGACGUUAUUUAUGAACAGGCAAGUAUUAGAGUGAAUGAAAAUGAAAACAUGAUCUGGGUCCCUAAAGUGUUACUUAGCAAACCUGUUAGUUUGAAACGGUGUUACACUGAAAUCAA